AUGGGAUAUCGCUACAGUACGUGCAGUGGGACAAACAGAUAUGCGUCGCGGAGAUGCAUCACACGCAAUUGCGCCACUAACUGCCUAACCAACAACUGGUCUAACUAUGGUUCUUGCAACGCGAAUUGCGGCUACGGUACUAUAAGAAGACGAAGAUAUGUGAGGCGGUACCCAUCGGGAGGUGGACGGAGCUGUCCCAAUCUCUGGGGCAAUGCUCUGUGCUACAGCAGGAACCGAUGUGCAGUCAACUGCGGCUACAACAAUUGGGGAAACUGGGGCAGUUGCAAUGCAAACUGCUACUCGUCUGGCUACCGCUAUCGCCGCCGUUAUAUCUACCGUAAACCAAGCGGCGGUGGAAGGGCCUGCCCAAGCACACUCCAGUCUAUCCGCUGCACUGCGUGCUGCCGUCGCAACUGCGUGCUGAACAGCUGGGGCAACUAUGGAUCCUGCUCGAGCAGCUGUGGCGCGGGAAGACAGACUCGCUAUCGCUACGUUGCACGCUACCAAAGCUGUGGAGGUUAUGCCUGCUCUAACUCCCGUACUUCUACCCGUUACUGCGUCCAAUACACAUCCAGGUCAUGCCAAGUGAACAACUGGGGCAGCUGGGGCAGUUGCGGAUACAGCAGUGGCUCGUGUGGCUCCGGCUACCGCUACCGAAGGCGCUACGUGCGCGUCAACCAGUACUGUCGCGGUGCAAACUGCCCCAACGUCAACCAGGCUCAGUCCUGCUCAAGGUGCUGUCCGAAGAGCUGCGUGUGGACCAGCUACAACUCGUGGACUGGCUGCACUGCCUCCUGCGGUAGUGGAUACCAGUAUCGGUACCGCAGAGUCAGCACAUCGGCGUCUUGCGGGGGAGGUUGCCCCGGCAGUGGGACUGACACGAAGUCGUGCUCCAACUAUGUCAAGCGUGAUUGUGUUCUUGGAAAAUGGGGCCUGUACACACCUUGCACAAAUCCAUGUGGUUCAGGCACACAAACUCGCACCAGACCGGUCAUUUCCCAGGCUACAUGCGGUGGAAGCUGCGGAUCCACAAGUCAAACUAUUGGCUGCACAGCAUACAUCAACAAGGACUGUACGGUUUCCAGUUGGGGCAACUUUGGUGUAUGUGAUUCAAAGUGCUCCGUUGGCAAGGUACACAGGUAUCGCAAGAUCACUAGCCCGGCGGUGUGCAGAGGAUCGUGCCCGUACUCUCUUUCGGAUUCAAAAUCAUGUGGAUUAGUCAACGGUGGUUGUGACCAGCGCUGCAACAAUGGAGUGUGUAGCUGCAAUGCUGGCUACUAUCUGACCGGCACCACUACGUGUCAGGCAAAGUCCUGCAGCGCUCCCACAAUCACCUCCUAUUGCCCCAGUGGAAAACUCUGCAAGAAGCCCUCACCCUCCUGCACCAGCAGCAAGUACCUGUACUCCUCAACAUGUACACUGAAGUGUCCGCAAGGUUACAGUUUGAAAGGUAGCCCAUCGGUCAUCAUUUGCCUGGCCAGCACAGUUUGGACUGAUCACAGCACUGCCUAUUGUGAACUGGAUAACAAGCCACCUACUGCUAUUUCCAUUUCCAGGACGUACGUCAAUGAGAACUCACCCAGUGGUACCGUGGUCGGCUCGUUCACAACUGCAGAUCCUAAUCCUAGUGACUCGCACUCGUACUCGCUUACCGACUCUGCCGGUGGAAAGUUCCGCAUCUCUGGCAGCACCCUGUACACGCUGUUUGUGCCCAACUACGAGACGCAGGCACACUCGUAUUCGAUUAAAGUAAAGAGUACGGACACUGGUGGAUUCUUUCUCGUAAAGACGUUCACAAUCAAUAUCCGCGAUAUCAAUGAGAAGCCGACUGCUUGCAAGCUGUCAUCGACCACAGUCAGGGAAAACCCCUACCUGGACACCACCGUCGGCACGCUGUCAACAUCCGACCCAGAUGCAUCCCAGAGCUUCACCUACUCCCUGUUGAGUUCGGCCAGCGGCAGAUUCAAGUUGAUUGGAAACACAGUCAAGAUUGCCCUGGCCAACACCAGAUGCCUGGCAGAAGGUGGUGGCAAGUGUGUGAUCAACUACGAGUCGUCAUCGCUCAACAAGUUCUCCAUCACGGUUCGCACCACAGACAACGGUUCACCUAGUCAGUACUACGAUUGUAAGCUGACCAUUGACGCGACCAACGUGAAUGAUCAACCCAGGAAUCUGCAGCUCAAUGGAUACACGAUUAAAGAAGGCAGCGCCAUCGGCACUCAAGUCGGUUCUCUGAGCAGUUCAGAUGAAGAUGUCAGUCAAUCAACAACCUAUUCACUUGUAGACGACGAUGGUGGCAGGUUCAAAAUUUCCCAGAACAAGUUCAUUGUUGCGGCAAAGGUGGCUAACUUUGAAACGCAGACUAGCCAUCACAUCACCGUGAGAGCCACUGACAACGGCUCACCCGCCCUAUACGUUCAGAAGGCGUUCACCGUCACUGUGCUGGAUGUAAAGGAAGCACCGGUCGCCAUCCAGGUCACAUCCGCAGGUGCUCAACUAACCUUCGGAACGAAUAAUCCGACCGUCAACGAGAACUCGGUCAGAAACACGGUGGUGGGAACAGUGGUGGCGUCUGAUCCGGAUCACAACGCCGUGAUCACAUUCAGCCUAGAUGACAAUGCUGGCGGCCGAUUCAAGUUGGACAGUCCUGGAAACGUGCAAUGCAAGACGGCAUCUAAAGCUGAUCCUACUGCAGAAACCGUGUGCUCCGUCAGAGUCCUUGUAGCUGGCAUUCUCAAUCAUGAAGUCGAUGCUCUGCACACUAUCAUUGUCAGGGCGACUGACAACCAUGGCCUGUUCAAAGUUCAGAAAUUCUCCGUCAAGAUUGUGGAUAUGAACGAUGCUCCUCAUGACAUUACCUCUGUCGGAGGUGCACCGCACGUCAAAGAGAACCUCAACAACUUGGUGAUAACUUCGUUCCUCUCGAGCGACGAAGAUGCUUCUCACAAGCACACCUACACGAUCACAUCAGACCCGGACAAGAAGUUCAAGAUUGUGGGAUCUCGCUUGAUGACCACUGCAUCAGCCAAUCUGAACUAUGAGGCGAAGUCGACAUACUCUGUCGUGGUUCGAACUACAGAUAACGGUUCACCGGCUCAGUACUAUGAGAAAACGUUCACAGUUACCGUCGUGGACGUUAAUGAGGUUCCAACGUCCGUGUCGCUCAGUGCUAGCGAUGUGUUUGAGAAUUCCGCACCCGACACUGCUAUUGGUACAUUCAGCACCAUUGAUCCAGAUAACUAUGCGUCAAAGAGGCAGACAUUCAAGUACUCUUUGGGAGACUCGGCACAAGGCAGAUUCCAGCUCUCCGGAACAUCGCUUCAGGUCAAGGCACCUAAUGCUGAAUGCCUCAAGUACGGUGGUUUGUACUGUAAGCUGAACUAUGAGGCGGCCAAGACGCACACUAUCAUCGUUCAUGUCACAGACAGUGGCUCACCACCUCUGAGCAAGGACUUCAAACUGACAGUCAACGUAAAGAACAUCAACGACAAGCCAAGGCACAUUGAUGUCAGCAACACGAUUGUGAAAGAGAAUGAGCCGGCGGGUACGAAGGUUGGCACGGUUUCGUUCAAGGACGAAGACAUUGGCCAGAAACACACCGUCACCAUGACCGACACAGACAAUGGCCAGUUCAAGCUUAGUGCCGAUAGCUUGAGCGUGCUCAAAGCCAAGCCAACCGACUACGAAACAAAGAAGGCACAUAAGAUCACUAUCAAGGUCACCGACAACGGUUCGCCGCCAAUGUCAAUCUCCAAGGAUAUAUUCAUCAGUGUUACGGAUGUCAACGAAGCUCCGAUCAAUUCCAUCUUCACCUCUACAAAUGGUCAAUUGACAUUCGCUGAUGACCAUGCUAGGAUUAACGAGAACUCCAAGAUCGGAACCAUCAUUGGUACCAUCGUUGCCAGAGAUCAUGAUGCCAACCAGCAGCUGACAUUCUCCCUGGACGACAACGCUGAUAACCUGUUUGCCGUAGCUCCCACUUCUACCUGUGACUUUACGUCGGGCAGUCUGUGCAGUGCCCCGCUGACCGUGUUUGGCUCACUGGAUCACGAAGACACUGAUCAAGAGUACAUCGUGGUCCGUGUCUCCGAUCCGCACGGCAAGUUCAAGGUCACGAAGUUCUUCAUCACCAUUGUCGAUGUUAACGACGCUCCAAACAACAUGACGAUAACCAGUGCACAAGUAUCCGAGAACCAGGCUGGUGCAUUUGUCGGUGCUUUCCUGACUGAUGAUGACGACCCACGCCAGACCUUCAACUACACCCUGGUGAAUGAUGCCAAUGGAAGGUUUGCCUUGUUUGUUGAUGAUCUGCGCACGGUGGGAGCUCUGAACUACGAGUCCACGCCGACACUGACUAUCAGAGUGCGUACCACCGAUAGCGGCACGCCACCACUCAGCUACGAGAAGGACUUUGUGAUCAGUGUCAUCGACGUCAACGAGAUUCCCACCUCGCUGCACAUAUCCGGCAACCAUAUCGACGAGAACAGCCCGAGCAACACUGCGAUUGGUGCACUGUCCACGCUGGACCCAGAUAACACAGGCAAAGUGCCAUGGCAGACCUUCAGCUAUGCCCUGCUGGGCACGGCUGGUGGAAGGUUCAAGAUUGAUGCUGGAGUGCUCAAGGUUCGCUCGUCCAAUGUGGCAUGCUUAGCUCUUGGCGGCACGGCGUGUUGGUUGAACUACGAACACCAACCUGUAUACACGGUACUGGUCAGGACAACCGACUCUGGAAGUCCACCGCUUUUUGCCGACUUUACUAUCAACAUCACGCUGAGGGAUAUCAACGAUAGGCCACGUAAACUGCAACUCAGUGACUACCGCGUGCACGAGAAUCAGCCCGUUGGCACGGUCAUCGGAAUGUUGAGCGGCUUCGAUGAAGACGCCAAGCAACAUCUAUCGUAUGUCCUGAGCAAUGACAAUGGUGGAAAGUUCAAGAUCGUUGGCAAUGAACUGCAGAAGGCCAUGCCGGCUAACUAUGAAAUCUUCAAGUCACACUAUAUAACUGUAGUGAUGAAGGAUGAUGGCACGCCCAGCCUGAAUAUCAGCCAAACAUAUCUGAUUGAGGUAUUGGAUGUCAACGAAGCACCGGUCACCACCAACAUCACAGAUACUGAUGGUCAGCUGACCUUCACCACGGACAUUCCUGAAGUGGAGGAGAACAGCGCAGUCGGUACAGUUGUGGGUACAAUUGUGGCUGUCGAUCCUGAUUACAAUCAAACUCUGACAUUCAAACUGGAUGAUGAUGCUACCGGCCUGUUCUCACUGAGUUCUUCGGUCUCCUGCCAGAAAGUCACUGAUAUACACGGUCACCAUUCUUCCUGUCAGACAAAGCUGCUUGUAGCUGGCGCAUUGAACUAUGAAUCAGUGAAGACACAUGAUGUCGUUGUGCGAGUAACUGACCAGUCAGGUCAUUUCAACGUGCAGAGGUUCACGGUCAAGGUGGUUGACGCCAACGAUGUGCCACACGACAUUCAAAUCCUGGCCAGGACUAUUGACGAGAACUCACAGAUGGUCUUCAUCACAGACUUUGUGACUCUGGACGAAGACAAGACACACACUCACACAUACAGUCUGGCCUCCAAUCCGAGCAAUCAGUUUGCCAUUGUCAACAACAGUCUGUACACCUCGGCUACAGCCACACUCAACUAUGAGAAGCAACAACAAUGGACGAUUUCUAUCCUGUCAACUGAUGAUGGAGUGCCACCGUUGAGCAUCAAGGAACAGUUUGUUAUCGAUGUUAUGGAUGUGAACGAGGUCAUCAGCAGCAUCAACAUCACUUUAGACAAGAUCGAUGAGAAUAGUCCGGUCAACACUGUCAUCGGCGAGCUGCGCACCAUCGAUCCAGAUAACUUCGGUCCGAAGGGCGUGUGGCAGAAUGCGACGUGCAUGGCAAGUGACAAUGCCGAUGGCAUCUUCACUGUCUAUGCCAACAUUCUGAAGGUUGCUCAAGCUAGCAUUGACUACGAGCAGAACAAGUCGUUCACCGUCACAGUACAGUGCACUGAUGAUGGUCAGCCGCCGCUGACGCAGUCGUGGACGUUCACAGUGCACGUGAUCAAUGUGAACGAAGCGCCAACAUCCAUUUCCAUCUCCAAGAAUGAUAUUGAUGAGAAUGAGCCGACUGACUCUGUUGUUGGUGUGUUCUCCACCGUUGAUCCCGACAACAAGAACUCCAUUACUCAGACAUUCACGUACAGCUUUGUGCACCCGCUGCCUGGACUGCCAUUUACCAUCGUUGGUAAUCAGCUGUUGACAGCGCGUCCGUUGGACUUUGAGAAGACGGCUGUCUGGCCGGUCGUUGUGCAGUCAAAGGAUUCCGGUGGCCUCUCAGCUAUACACGUGUUCCAGGUCAACGUGAACGACAUCAAUGAACCGCCGACUGGAUUCCUGUUGAUUGCUGCCGGCGAUGUGGCGGAGAACAGUCCGGCUGGCUCGUAUGUCGGCGAUGUCCUUGCUGUGGACGAAGACGCCAAUCAAUCUCAUACGUUUGUUGUUCUGGGAGCUGCACCAGGCACUCAGCUGAACAGCUCUUCCAUCGAUCCCAGCCUAUCCGAUGCAUUCGAGAUCAACCAAACUAACGGCGUGCUGUCAACGGGUAAUUACACGUGGAACUAUGAAAUCACACCCAACUACACUGUCUGGAUACAGACCAGUGACCAUGGCCUUCUACCCAGCCUGCGCUACACCGACGUACUGGUCGUGCACAUCAGCGAUAUCAACGAAGCUCCCACAAACAUCACACUGGAUAAUGACAAGGUUGCGGAAAACAGCCCGAUCGGCACAGUGGUGGGCAACCUGGCGGUGACUGAUCCGGAUAACUACGGUGUUCAUGCCGGAUCUCAGGGUUUCAACUGCCUGGUGCUGGAUGCAUUUGCUCACUCAUUCAAGGUUGUCAACCACACCGUACUGGUCGUCUCCAAGGACAACCUGGACUACGAGAACGAGGUGUCACAUGACAUCGAGAUUCAAUGCUGGGAUGAUGACAAGGUCAAUCCUCUCUUCAUGAACAAACAGUUCACCAUCAACUUGACCAAUGUCAAUGAGGCACCGAUCAAGCUAGCCAUGUCAAACUCGACCAUAGAUGAAAACCUUGGACCACACGCUGAGCUUGGCAUUGUCACGGCCAUUGACCCGGACAAUGAAGUCGAGCAGCUACAGAACCUCACAUUCAACCUGCUUCAGGAGAACACGACGGACGUGCCGUUUGUACUGGUGGACGGCUACAUCAUCGAAGCCACCACCGACCUGGACUACGAGACCAGGGACUUGUACACGCUAACUGUGGGUGCCACAGAUACCGGAGUACCGGCACUGACUACCCAAGCGGAGUUCAAUAUCUCGGUUAUCAAUGAGAACGAUCCACCGACUGAAGUUGUGCUGAACAGCACCGGAAUCUUGGAGAACUCACCGUUGGGUACUGUGAUCGGCACACUGUCCACUGUAGAUAGUGAUAUUGGACAGACGUACACAUACAGCGUGCAGGAAAUCGUCAACAUCAGUGACGACAGCAUGUUUGGUAUCCGUGGCAACCAGCUGAUCCUGUUGACCAGUGUGGAUUAUGAGACCGAGGAUGUGUGGCAGGUGCUGAUCCAGACCACUGAUAAUGGCCAACCAGCACUCAGCCACCAGAAUAUCGUAUACGUCAAGAUCCUCGAUGUCAACGAGGCACCGUCGGAAAUCCAAAUCGAUUUCAACACAACAUUCGACGAGCAUCCAGCACCCGGCACUGUCGUGGCAAACUUCACAGUCAUUGACGAGGACUUGAACCAGACGCACACGUGUCGACUGAUGACAGGACAGGACAGCUUUGUUAUUCUCAACGCCACCAUCAGUGGCGAGGGAGAGAUCAUCUUGGAGGUUUAUAACAGUUCCGCUCUGGACUACGAGGCCGACCCCAUAGUCUACGUCACAAUCAACUGCACCGAUGACGGCGAGCCACCCCUGUCCAUUGCCAAGACGAUUGCGUUCAACCUGAAAGAUGUCAACGAGCAACCAACCGGAGUGGCCCUGUCCGGAAACCACACUGUGCCGGAAAAUUCAUUGCCUGGAUACGUUGUGGGCCAACUGUCGACCAUCGAUCCAGACAAGGGACAGAUCUACACAUACGCUCUCUUCGGCAAUGGUUCAGACUCUUUCUUGAUCAACGAGGGUCUGAGUCGACUGGAGGUGGAGAGCUCAGGAUGGCUCAACUACGAAGCUGUCACCAAUCCGUACCUGGAAAUUGUGAUUGAGACCUCGGACAACGGCAGUCCGCCCUUGGCGUUCAACCAGACGAUCAACAUCACCAUCAUCGACAUCAACGAGCCACCAUCUGCCAUUCGCCUGAUUCACAUCAGCAACUUGAGAGAGGAUGCGCCGGACGGGACAAUAAUCGGGCAGCUGGUCUGCACGAAUCCAGAACUCAACCAGACGGUAUCCUACACCAUCAACGAAACAAGUCACCAGGAUGGCGGCCCAGAGUUUGGCACUUUCACCAAUGCCACUGGCACGUAUAUUCAGAUGAAAUCCCGUGGGAACUUCACAGAGUACCAAGACAAUUUUGUGUUCGAAGUGAACGCUACCGACAGUGGUUGGCCGGCGGAGUGGACGCUGGGUACUGUCGAGUUCAACCUCACACUGCUCGAUCCGUGCUCGACGGGAGAGCUGCUGUGCGGUAAUGGCUCCGACUGCGUGCGUGUCAACACAUCGGCAGGCUACUGUGAAUGCCAGAGUGGAUUCCUGCUGGACCCGUACCUAUUGUCUUGCGUGGAGGUGGAUGACUGUUUCUACAAUCCGCAGGUUGUGAACUUUUCACCCGACGAGUUAUCAACCGUGGUCACCACAGUUGCUGUUGGUGCAACCCCCAUGCCGAACAGUACCAUGCAGCCUAUCUGCCGCAACAAUGCCACAUGCACAGACCUGACAGACGGCUACAAUUGUACUUGCCUGCCGGGUUUCACGGGAUUUGAGUGCGAUUCACGCAUCGACCGCUGCCUGACGCAAUCAUCCAACUGCAUGAAUGGCGCUAGCUGCGUCGAUAGUCCAUCGCAGAUGGCGUGUGUAUGCGCGGCGGGAUACACGGGUAUCACUUGUGCCUCGGACGUCGAUGAAUGUGCCACUGCUAAGUGUGGUGCCGGCCAGUGCAUAGAUGCUAUCAACGCAUACAGUUGUCAGUGUCCCGAGUCGUACACCGGCCAGAACUGCGAAUACCUGACCAGUGCUUGCGCCGUCGACUCGUGUGGACAGGGCGAUUGCGUGCCCUUGAAGGCGGACGUCAGCGCGCCAACUUCGGGAGACGGCACCUCUAGUAUCAUUGUGUCCGGUGGAGAUACCGAGCAUCCUGCUGAGGGCCCGAGCUAUGUGUGUGUGCCUGUAAGCAGUGCAGUUCACGAUCAUUUCGAAAAUGGCUCGCUGACCGCCGAUGACCUUAAAGCAUGGAAGGAGCUCAUUUUGGGUACACCUCUUCCCAGUGGAGAUGGGGAAUUUGAUUAUGCUGAUGAUGUGUAUAUAUUGGAUGGAACAGGAGGCGGUGAAGUCAUCCUUGCCGUCAUAUUAAACGGAGAGCCUGUCAACCCUGUACUGGUGAAUGUAGCCUUGAGUGGCUCCUGUCGGAACACCAGCGAACUGCCACCCGAGGUUGUGGCCCUGUGCGGGAGAUGGAAGGACAUCUCACCUGUCUCGGCACAGCCGAUUGUACUAACUACGAGUUCACCAGAGGCACAACGUUCCUCGUCCAAAACAUCAACGCCACUGGUGUGGGGAGUUGCCGCUGGUCUGAUUGCUGCGCUGCUGCUCAUCUCUAUUCUAGUGACGUGUCGUGUGUAUACUGCCAAGAGGAAGCAGCGUAAUGAGUUGCACCGCGAGAGACUCCGGACAGACCCAUUCAUGAAUGACCGCGCGGCGGACGAGCAUGCAGCAGAGUUUAUGUACGAUAGUCCCACACAAGGCGGAGAGACCUUCGUACCGAAUCCUCUGUACCACGACCCGAAGAUUGGCAUCUAUGGAGAGAGUGGACGGGAGGAGGUUUUCUCACCGGUGUAUGCUGGAGGCUCUACUGACGGUGGCUUGAAUGAAGAUACCUAUGCGCGCAUCGAGCAAGAUUCAGCUGCUGGCCUCGGAGUGAGUAAUCCUAUCUACAACAUGGCUCGCGCUGACAACGACGCUGAGCCACUGUACGACAGCCCUCGGGAUGCUUUGGCUCCAAAGAGCAAUGAUGGAACGGCACAGAAAUCGGACGCCUUCCAAAUUGAUCACCGGGCCGACCCAUUCUCGGUCAACGCUGAUGGCAACGAGUAUGACGAUCUACAACGUCUGGUGGAUGAUAUACAGUGGGGAGAUGAAUAAUACUGUCCUACCGGUUGUUUCUUUUGCCAAAUUCUCAUCCGAUUUUGCGUUUAGUCCUAGUUCGUUAGCCAAAUUUAGACUUAGACCUCCAUCAUGAUUAUAGCUUCCAAUUGAAUUAUUUCUUCUUUUUAGCUCUGCCUGUAAGGCCAGUCAGGGCAUGUCAAAGGUGUGCUCAAUCAAGAGCCACAGUGUAUUCACAAAUUCCUAUUCGCUUAUCAUACUUUCUCCAAGGGCGGCAUCGAUUUUGCGUUUAGUCCUAGUUCGUUAGCCAAAUUUAGACUUAGACCUCCAUCAUGAUUAUAGCUUCCAAUUGAAUUAUUUCUUCUUUUUAGCUCUGCCUGUAAGGCCAGUCAGGGCAUGUCAAAGGUGUGCUUAAUCAAGAGCCACAGUGUAUUCACAAAGUCCUAUUCGUUUGUCAUACUUUCUCCAAGGGCGGCAUGUAAGAUCUCGCAGGAAAAUAUCGGCCCACGCUUACACUACACUCACACACUUUUCAGGCCGACUUUCUUAUUCGUGGAACCCUUUGACACAAAGUUUACGACCACUUAUCCUACUAUUUUUGUUCUUGUUUUGUGAAGCAAAUUUAUGAAUGUGUUCUUUUUCUACUAUUUUGUUCUUGUUUUGUGAAGCAAUUUCAUGAAUUUUUUUGUGAAAAUAUGAUCACCAUAAGGGUGUCAACGGGA